AUGGAGAAAGACACAAUUCCUCACAGAAGGAAAAGGAGAGACAUUUUGCUGUAUAUAAUUGCUAUAGUGAUGCUUAUAUUCGCUGCGGUUAAUCUUGUUUUCUAUGUUGGAAAGACUUUUCAGAGUUCAGCUCCUGCUAGAAUACGCCGGGAUGUUGAAAAUGUGACCGACUGCAUUCCACCGCAAUCCUCAGAAUUCCCAGAAGGAUUUUUCACACUUCAGGAGAGGAAGGAUGGAGGAAUUCUUAUUUAUUUCAUGAUCAUUUUCUACAUGCUUUUGGCUGUCUCUAUUGUCUGUGAAGAUUAUUUUCUGCCAUCUCUUGAAGUCAUUAGUGAACGUCUUGGUCUUUCUCAAGAUGUUGCUGGUGCCACUUUCAUGGCAGCUGGGAGCUCCGCACCUGAACUAGUCACUGCAUUUCUGGGUGUGUUUGUGACAAAAGGAGAUAUAGGCGUGAGUACCAUCAUGGGAUCUGCUGUGUACAACCUUCUGUGCAUCUGUGCAGCGUGUGGACUCUUAACCUCUGCGGUGGGUCGUCUCACCUGUUGGCCAUUAUUCAGGGACUGUCUCGCAUACGCCAUCAGCGUAGCCGCUGUGAUUGCGAUAAUCUCAGAUAACAGGGUUUACUGGUAUGACGGCGCAUGUCUUCUACUGGUGUAUGGUGUUUAUGUGGUGGUGCUGUGUUUCGAUCUAAAGAUCAGUGAGUAUGUAAUGCAGAGGUUCAGUCCCUGCUGUACAUGUCUUAUUAAGAGGUCACAGGAGCGCGGCGAGCACCAGCACCUUUUAGGGUGGAGUGACGACAGCAGCCUCAGGGUGCACCGGCGUUCCCGAGCCGACAGCGGAAUCUUCCAGGAUGAUUCUGGAUAUUCUCACCUCUCUCUCAGUCUGCACGGCCUAAAUGAAAUAACCGAAGAACAGAAAAGCGUGUUUACGAUGCCAGAACACGACCUGAAGCGGAUCCUUUGGGUUCUGUCCCUGCCUGCCAUACUGCUGUUGUAUUUGACUAUACCCGACUGCAGAAAGUGCUUUUGGAAGAAAUUCUACAUGAUCACAUUUCUGAUGUCUGCAGUCUGGAUCUCUGCAUUCACCUACGUUCUAGUGUGGAUGGUCACGGUUGUCGGUGAGACACUGGGCAUCCCUGAUACAGUAAUGGGAAUGACGCUUCUUGCAGCGGGAACCAGCAUCCCAGACACUGUUGCGAGUGUUAUGGUGGCUCGUGAGGGUAAAGGUGACAUGGCAAUGUCCAACAUUGUUGGUUCGAAUGUGUUUGACAUGUUGUGUCUCGGUCUGCCAUGGUUCAUCAAGACUGUGUUUGUGGACACUGAAUCUCCAGUGGAGGUGAACAGCUCAGGUCUGGUCUUCAUGUCCUGUACGUUGCUUCUCUCCAUCAUCUUCCUCUUCUUGGCUGUUCACAUUAAUGGCUGGAAAUUGGACUGGAAACUGGGCCUGGUGUCACUGGUCUGCUACAUCCUCUUUGCCACAUUGUCAAUCUUGUAUGAACUUGGUAUCAUUGGGAACAAUCCCAUCCGAGCCUGUGCUGACUAACAGAACACUCCACUCCACUGGAACUCUUAAUUAUGUGCAGUUUAUCAUUUACAUGUUUAGUGAAGGGUCUCAAACAUAGCUGGAAAAGGGCCAGUGGUCUGUGUUCAUUGCUGCUCAUCUCACUGGUGUUGUCUUUUCCUGUCACCCAUCAGGCUGAUACGGCAUCUUCUGAAGAGAGUCAAUGUUCAUGUGAGGACACACUUGCAUAAUAUUUGUUUUUUUUAUAGACCUUAGUCAGGGUAGAUCAUAUUUAAUUUUAUGUGAAUGAAAAUGAGGCUGACCUCAAUAAACCCUAACUAAGAUCUUCUGAGAAAACUUAAGUGAUUCUGUCACAAGGGACACUUUGACCUCACUUUUUUAAACAAAUAUUGCCUACAUACAGUGGCAAGAAAAAAAAAUAUGUGAACACUUAUUAGCUGGUUUUCUGCAUUUAGUCGUAAAAAUGAUCUCAUCUUCAUCAAAGUCACAAGUAUAGACAAAACGUCAUGGUUACUUGUGUAACCUCCGUUCCCUGAUGGAGGGAACGAGACGUUGUGUCGAUGUAGUGACACUAGCGGUCACUCUUGG